CGCAUGCGCCGCGCCAGAAACGUUCCUACGUGAUUAGUGGGCGCCUCUCUGAGCGCGGGAAGAUGGCCGAACAGGCGACCAAGUCAGUGCUGUUCGUGUGUCUGGGUAACAUCUGUCGAUCACCCAUCGCAGAAGCAGUUUUCAGGAAACUUGUAACUGAUCAAAACAUUUCAGAUACUUGGAGGAUAGACAGUGCAGCAACGUCCACGUAUGAACUAGGAAACCCUCCUGAUUAUCGAGGGCAGGCUUGCAUGAAGAAGCAUGGUGUCCCCAUGAGUCACGUUGCCCGGCAGGUUACCAAAGAAGACUUUGCCACUUUUGAUUAUAUACUAUGCAUGGAUGAAAGCAACCUGAGAGAUUUGAAUAGGAAAAGUAAUCAAGUUAAAAACUGCAGAGCGAGAAUUGAACUACUUGGGAGCUACGAUCCACAGAAAAAGCUCAUCAUUGAAGACCCUUAUUAUGGUAAUGAAGCUGACUUUGAGACCGUCUACCAGCAGUGUGUGCGGUGCUGCAGAGCCUUCCUGGAGAAGGUUCGCUGACCCGGGUCCAGCCCUGCUGCGGCCCAGGCUCGUUCCCACAGGCCCGCAUUCUCAGUCAGGUGUCACAGUGUCGCCAUUCCCUAGCCAAGGCCGCAGCCCUUUUCUCAGUUGACUCACUGUUUCUUACCUUAAAAAUAAUUGUAGAUGGAAACCAGUUGUUGCGUUUGGUGGACGAAUAAAUAAAAAAUUUUGAU